AUGGACAUCCUUUGGCUCAGGCUUCACACUUCCCCCAGCUCGAGUUACGAAGAUGCACGUUUGGCUAGAUUGUUCAAUGCAAAUCGACCCAAUUAUCAUCCCACAGCCAUCGUACGCGCCAGGACACAAUCAGAUAUAAUUAAAGCAGUACAGUUGGCCAAGAUAUUAAACCUGCAAAUCAAUGUCAGGUCUGGUGGUCACUCAUACCCAGGAUGGAGUCUAAGCGACAAUUCUAUUCUCAUUGACCUUGUCAACUACCGUGAACUUCAGGUUGACGUCAGUCAAAAGGAGGCUUGGGUCUCUUCUGGAAUGCGAAGUGACGUUGAUCUGGAGCUAAUGAAAGACUGUGGUUUGAUGCUGGGGGCUGGUCAUCAUCCAGGUGUUGGGAUUGGGGGAUUCCUGCUCCAAGGAGGACUGUCAUGGAAUUCCAGGAACUGGGGUUGGGCCUGCGAGCGUGUGAAAGCGCUUCAAGUUGUAACUGCUGAUGGGGAUCUUGUUAAUUGUUCUCAAGUUGAAAAUAGCGAUCUAUUCUGGGCGGCACGCGGGGCGGGACCUUGUAAUGAAUCGUUUUCUCAUGAUAUUACAACAGAUUUUCCAGGCAUCGUAACCCGCUUCCUAGUUCAGCUUCUUCCAGCACCGAAGAUUUUUCGGUCUUCAGGCUACAUAUUUCCUCAAUCCAUGUAUCAGGAGGCUUUCAAUUGGAUCAUUGAAAUCACCCCAACAUUUGAUCAAGAUACAGAAAUUACUGCUGUAUGCAGGUAUCUUGAUGGCAGUGAUGAGAUCUGCUUCGCGGUUUACUUUGUCACUAUGAAGGGGGAGACUGAAGAGGCUCGUAAGGCCUUACUUCCUACGCACGAAACCCGACCAAGAGGUGCAAUCCAAGAAUGGUUUUGUCAGGAGGACAGCCUUCAACAAGAGUAUGCGAAUGAAGUCAGUGCCUGGCCAGGUGAUCGACGCUGGUUUGCCGACAAUUCCUUUGUUAAAAAUGAUGUAGACGUCGCUGCUAUACUCAAAGAAAUCUGCAUGACACUGCCGGACCGACAUUGCAUUGUUCUGUGGUACCCGUUGGCUCCACAUAGCCGCCGCAACUUGCCAGACAUGGCCUUCAGCUUGCAGUCCGAUCACUAUGUUGCUACAUACACUAUAUAUGAAAGUGAGAAAGAUGACGAAAAAUACCACUCAUGGAUCCAUGCAACAGUCGAGAAAUUAAGUUCAUUUCGUCUCGGUUCCUUUUCAGGUGAAGCCGAUUUCAAAGCACGAAAGGUCAAAUGCUGGGGUGAUGCUCAAUGGAAGAAAAUCACUCAGAUCCGACAAAAGUGGGACCCUGAUGGAAGAAUAUGCUGUCCAUUCAAGCAGAAAAAUAGUGAAGGGUAG